AAAGGGGGGGCAUCCCCCCGGCCCGCUACAGAGGGGAGCGGGGACAGCUGGAGAGGGUCUGAAGAAAUAAAGAAAAAGGGAACCGACCACGAAGGGACUCGAACCCUCAAUCUUCUGAUCCGAAGUCAGACGCCUUAUCCAUUAGGCCACGCGGUCGUUCAGGCUGCUGCUGCCCCCGGUGAUGGUGCCGCGGCCCUGGGCACCACCGGGCCCUGAGCCGUGGGUCACCGGAGCUCCCGUACCGUGAGGCACAGAGCCGCUGUGCCACGAGGGAGAGCAUCCAGCCCACCCCGGAGCCUCCCCGGCGCCACGAGGGUCUGCCUGCCCUCCCUCCUGUACCCCUGCGGGGGUGACGCCGUGCAGGGUGCACAGCGCGGCCCAGCACCUCGCUACAGUCAGACACCACAGGUACCAAAGGCCUGCGGAGCAGCAGGGCAGACCCUCAGCUCCGGCCUGCUCAGCAUCGUCCCUCCGCCAGCCACGCUGUCAACCAACACAUAGGCUCCUACAGCCACCGCAGCCCUUGAGCCCCAGCACAGACCUCUCCCCUACUUCUCCUCAUGUCCCUUAUUCGAACCCCGUGUGCUUCUCGUCUCGGACACAGCCACAGUAAUACGGUGCCAUCUACGAUGACCCAGCGGGAUGGGAUUUCCAAGCACACCUGAACUGGAGCCGCUCCCCAUCACCUGAAGGUCCCGCUGGCAUCACAGCAGAAAAAACUGGCAGUGAUGGAGAGGAGGGCGGCUGCGGGAAAGGCAGAUGGAGAUGAGCCUUUCAUCUUAACCACGAGGACUUGGAGGAGCGCCUCGAGAACGGGAGAUCAGCAAAGAGGCAGAAACAGAAAAUCGGCGGGUGCAAGGAAGGCUCUGUGCUUCGGGAAAUGAGGACACGCUCCAACACCCACAGCUGGAGCUGCCACGGGGCAGGAGCAGCCUCUCCUCCACCUCAACACCCCUCACAUCGCACCAGCACUCAUUCCUCUUCUGUUUUGGAUGGCAGCAGACUCUCAGCCCUGUAAAUGAGACAAAAUCGGUUUCUGAGUGGCUCUGGCUCCUCGCCUUUUCUUUGUGGAGAUGGGCCUUCUCUUUUCUUCUCCCUCAAACUGUUGGGUUUUUUAAUGCUAUUUUUUCCGUCACCACAACCCAAGGCUGCUCCCAGGAGCCCGCUGAGUGCAUCAAACCAUUAGCAGCAUCUUCCUUCCAAUGCAAGUAAAUACAGAAAAAAUCUAGUCUCUGUUUACCAAAUAUCCGUCCCUCAUUAACAAAUAUCAACCCACACACGACUGACGUCUCCCAGAGCCGUCCACAAGACACGCGGUGCCAUUUGCCUCCUUAUUUGGACGCAGAAGACAAUGCAGCGAGUGUUUAUAGCGAUCCUCACCUUCACUCUUGGGACAGGUAAGUCCGAGGGGAAUAGAAAGCUUUGAGGAAUUCCGUUCUCGUCCGUGGGAGGGGAUUCACAUGCGUUACUGAUGGUUUUCACACACAGGGAGCCCCGCACCUUUCCUCUCUGGGUGCCUCUCUCACAGGCUGAGAUCUCGCCUGGGUUUUUCUGGUUUCAGUGGGUUUUGUUCCCGACAGGGGCUGCCCCCAGGUACUCCUGCACCUACUAUGAUGUGGUUGAGCACCUGAACAUCUCCUCUCACAGCAAGGUGCACGCGCACAUACUGCCCAAGGCAGACCUGAAGGAGAUUCUGGAAGUGAAGAUGGAUUUUGUGCUGGUGGCAAUUCUCUCCGUGGUCGAAAAGCUCCAGACGGUCACGUUUUAUUUCCUGUUGACCCUGGAGUGGGAAAACUCUUUUGUAACCUGGGACCCGCAGGAUUUCUGUAACAUCUCCCAGGUCGUUCUGCCCAUGGAGACGUAUUGGUCUCCCCACAUCUUAAUUUUAGAGCGAGUGAACAGACAAAACUCAAACUUCGAUUAUGUGACCAUUGGGCACAACGGCAGCUUUGUCUCCACCCAGCCCUUUCAGGUCACCUUAACGUGCAGCCUGAUGAUCCUCAAGUUUCCCUUUGACACCCAGACGUGCAACGUCAGCGUGGCUUCAUUCCUGCACCCAGUAACAGAAUUUGUCAUGAAGACAAAACGGACAGAGGCUGCGAUGAUGAAAGACAGCCAGCGCUACUUCCUAACUGACGGAGAAUGGAAGUUCACCAACCUGAGCUUCAUUGAAUACAUAGAGCAGCUGGAUAACGGAGAAUUCUCAGUGGUCACCUAUGUGGUCUCCAUGGAGAGACGCCCCACUCUGUACAUCCUGAACCUGAUCCUCCCCACAUGCGCGCUGUACCUCCUGGACAUGGCCGUGCUGUUUGGACCCAGCUCUCUCGAGGAGAAAAUCAGUUUCCAGAUUGCCAUUAUCCUCGGCAGCUCCAUGUUAGCUGUGAUUCUCAACAACAUCCUCCCAACCUCCUCCAACAAACCGCCCAUGAUAGUGCUGUUCUUCCUAGGCACCUUCCUGCUCAUGAUCAUGGCCGUGUUGGACACCUUCUUCCUGCUGCACCAGCAGCACAAAUGCCUGCACUUAGACAAGGUUCUCAGAAGCUUCCAGCAAGACGUGCACGCCGAGCUGGCCACGACGGCCAGGAACCCCCAGACUGUGGGACACCUCGACAAGGCUGGCGCCCAGCCGCUGGGCCUUCCCAAGAGGAGCCCGGAAAAGGAGCAGGCGGCUGAGCCCCGCUGGGAACGGCAGAGGCAGGACCCAUUCCUGCUGGUGCUGGAGAAGGUGCUUCUCUACAGCCACCUCCUCCUCUCUCUCUUCUUUUUCACCAUUAUCUCUAUAAAAUGGAGCUCCUAGAGCCCAGCUUGGCACAGCACCGCCGCACUUUUCUCCACUGUGUUGCUUCUAACCCCUCCACUGUUGUUUCUUCCCUGCCUGAUUCACAGAGCUGCGGUUGUUUCAGUUGCCUGAAUAAAAUAAAAUGAAAAACCAACCGCGCAGGGCAGGCGCAGUGUUCUGUGGGCUAGCAAGGGGGUUGAAUCAAACAGGGAAAUCCAGGGCUACCCUCAGCCUAUCCGUCCAUCCUGGGGAUACCUUUAUUCCAUCUAUCUGAAAUCCAGGGAUACCUUCAUCAUAUCUGUCUCUAAUUUUUAACCACUAACACGACCAACAGAACAAGGGGUUACUGUCCUCCUACGGAGAUGGUUCUGUUCUGGGGAAGGGCUUAUAAGAGAUUCCACCAGAGAUCACUAAAUAAAACAACACAAGUCCCACAUGUUGGUACGAUUUUGUGUGGGUUUCAGCAAGAUCCGAAUCAUUCAGAAACCAGGACAGAGGAGAUAACGGGAUCACCAGGCUUGAAGGGGUUUAAUGGGAUGCUUUAACACAGUUUUACUGUAUCUCAACACAUCUACACUCCCUCAAUUCCUCCUGCAACCGCCUGCACCUAAACCAACGCAGCCAACCCCGAAAGCAGCCCCCGGCCUCUGCCUGUAGAACUAGAGACGUGUCCCUCUGCACCGCACACCCGACUAAACACACUCCACAUCUCAAAGGGCUUUACAUGACCAUCCAUUUCCCUGAACACAUUCUCUACACCAUGUAGUUUAUUUGCAGUACAGAGGUGCAAGAGAAC